AUGAAGAGCAAAGCCGAACUCACCCAUCCUGGAAAAGCCAUCCUGGCAGGUGGAAUCGCAGGCGGCAUUGAAAUCUGCAUCACGUUUCCUACAGAGUAUGUGAAGACUCAGCUGCAGUUAGAUGAGAAAGCCAAUCCGCCCCGUUACAGAGGCAUCAUGGACUGUGUGUCACAGACGGUCCGUCAUCACGGAGCGAAGGGUUUAUAUCGAGGCCUCAGCUCGCUGCUGUACGGAUCCAUCCCUAAAUCUGCAGCCAGGGUCUUCAGCUGGGGACCACCGCUCAUUGACGUUUCGCCCCUUAACCCAGAACGUCUCCUGGUGGCGGGGCACCAGAGCCAGUGGCUUGCUUUCUCCGCUUCCUCAGAGAGCUCUUUGGUGGAUCUGCUCAGUGUGGCUCCCCGUAGUCCCAGGUCCUUGAGCAGGCAUGAUAUUGAUCUGCCCACAAAGCCUCUGGCUCCCACCUCCACCGGGCAGCUUCCAGUCUCUCCUCCCAUGGCACUGUCAGCUCGAUCAGUAUCACUGACUUCACAGCUGCAGACCACAGCACCACGAAUCAGAGGGACGUAUCAAGGCCUCACAGCGACCGUCCUCAAACAGGGAUCCAAUCAGGCGAUCCGGUUCUUCGUCAUGACCUCUCUCAGGAACUGGUACAAGGGUGACAAUCCCAACAAAUCCAUCAACCCCAUCGUCACAGGAGCGUUUGGUGCGAUUGCUGGAGCGGCGAGUGUGUUUGGAAACACACCGCUGGACGUCAUCAAGACCAGAAUGCAGGACAGACGUAUAUCUGUCUUUUGUUGUGCCGUCCUGCUGUCGGUCAUCAGAAACUCCCACCGGCAGAUGUUUUACGGUGUCGUCCUGAAACUGACUGGACGAGCGGAGCUGAUGACCGAACGCAUACAUGAGCUCUGA